GUGAGUCAGUCGGUUCUGAAGUGCUGGUUUAGCAAGUUCGUUUAGCUUUCUAUCUGUCAUUUUGUUUGCUGCAUUCGGACGUAAAUAAACAAACAAAAUGAAUGCGUGGAAUUUAUUAAUGUGAAACACAAGAUUGUAAUCAUACAAACACGCACACAUACAUAUAGAUGUAUGUAUGUAUGUAUAUAUAGUAUGCAAAACCAUAUGCAAUUAAAGAUUUUAAGUUACACUGUGAUCUUAAUGUUAAUCUUAACUUUGCGAGGAGCCUAUUUUAAUUUACCAGUAUUUGUAAAAUGUUCAACUGACGUAGACAGCGAAUUUACUUAAAUUAACUGUUGGAAGAUAAGUAGCGAUCGAUCUACAAAAUAUCAAAUUGUAUAUAACUCAUGUAAGCCGUUUUGAGGCCAUGUGGUAUAAAAAUGCCAAUACAGAAUGAACAGAAUGCCGGAAUAAUCAAAAGUAUUUGGAAUUAUAAUAAAUUCGAAAUUGGAGGAAUACAACUUCGACAUGGACUAGUACAAGCUGCACGCCAAAUUAAUUCUAUUAAAGGAGAAGCUAGUAAACAUCUAUCCAAAUAUUAUAUUGUAUUUAAUCUCUUGAAUAUUAAAAGAGAGUUAAAAGAACAGCAACAUGUAGAACAGCAACGGGAACUGGCAAUACAACAACUGAAACGACUUCGGACACAUGUUAUGUAUUUAUCGUACAUAUUAACAAAAUUAUGUCUUAUCAUUGUCUUACUAUUGCCAUUCCUAACUAUGCACAAAACAUUGAUACAACAAACCAAUGCUCAAAAUAUUUUAGACCCGAUUCCUUUAUCAAUUGCUAACUCCAAUUCAGCUGUAAACAGCUUCAAGUUUAUACGUAACAAAACUCAUCAGCCUCAUCAAAUACCUAAAACUAUUCGAAGAAAUCCACUAAACUUCUACAAAUACUAUAGCAAUCAUUCAAAGGAAAACGGAUAUAGUCUGAUAAUUUUAAGUCAAUCUAAACAUUUCUACGCUGAAGUUGUCCAUGAGGCAAAUAAUAAGUUCUUAAGUACAAAUUCCGUGCAAAACUUGAAUUCUUUCACUUCUGCCUCGACAAAUCGAACUAAACGAUAUAUUAAUGUUAAAGAUAGUACUGCGUCAAUACAUAAGAUUAUAAAUAAAAAAGAAGCUAGCAGCCAAAUAUUGAAAUCAACAUCAGGUGAACACAAAAACAAUCACAAUAUAUACAAAAACUCAAAAAAUAGUCAAGAUAAACUAACCAAACUAGUUAUGAAUGGACUUGGCUUAAAAAAACUUCCAGAUAUGAAAAAGGCAAAUAUAAGCCAAAUAGAAUACUCAAGGAAAUAUAUCGAAUACUUAGAGCGGCUUAGAAAAGAAAAAUUCGGAAAAACAAUGACGAUGAUGACAUGGAGAAUACUGCAACUCAUCUUCAGAUUUAUAGCAUCGUAACAAGUAA